UUAUUUUGAAACCGGAAGUAGCCGUCAAAUGUUGCUAUAGCAACAUAAAUACUCCUUUAGGUUAGCUUUCGGACAAGUUAAGCUGCUAUUUUUGUAUUUGUGAUCUUAAUUUGUCAGGCAAACAUGGUGGAGGGGUCAGAUACGUACUUUCUACGACCUAACCACCAGCUCAAAUUUAAACCAGCCAUCGUAAAAGGUUACAUCCGUGAAAUUGUGAGGGAGCGCCUGUCUGGAGUGCAGUACGACCCGGAGAAUGUCCCAGAGCUGACCCUUUCACUGGCAGAGAGCGUGAAGGACAAAGUGAAGAGUUCCGGAUUUGACAGAUACAAGCUUGUCGUGCAGGUGCUCAUUGGGGAACAGCGAGGACAGGGAGUCAAGAUGUCUUCCAGGUGUUUGUGGGAUGCUGACACAGACAACUACGCAGAAGAUGUCUUCAUGAACGACAGCUUGUUCUGUGUGGUGGCAGUUUUUGGAAGCUACUACUAUUGAAGAUGCGGAUUCACAGCGGAUUCUUUGUGAGAUGAAUAGUUGUGAGACGGCACGCUGUCAGCACGUCAGCUGGAGUGCGGAAAUGUGUAAUUUCUGCAGAGAUAAAUUGUCACUUGGCCUGAAUAAGACCUUUGCUAACAUAGUGAUUAUAUAAUGAAUGAUCUGACUGUAAUUUCCUGACUUGAAAAGAUAGUUAUUAAUGACUGAGGCUGCUUGUACAGCUAAUUCUGUGUUUUCCCUAAUCACUAAAAAUCUUCCAAUCUCAGCUUUGAAAGCGUGAUGUCAAGGUGAGGGCAAUGUCUUUUGUGAUAUUUUGUGUUUACUGGACACAAUAGCUGGAUGAAGGAAUGUUUUUAUCAUUUUAUUUAAAAAAGAAAGCUCAAUAAAAGUUAAAUAUCUUCACCAA